AUGAGAUUCACUCACCCUGCACUGCUUCUGGCGCUAUGCCAGCUUGCUGCAGCAUCGCCAUGCAAGCCCUCUUCAUCGGCCACCUCCAAUGCUCCUACGAGUACCGACAACGAGUCCACAUCAUCUGCGACAGAAACAUCGACGGCGCUCUCGGUGGAAACAGGCUCAUCUACUAUCUCUCAUGAUGCGACGUUGACUGCUUCUGAGACCACAUCGACCUCCGCCUUGUCGAUCUCCACGACUUUGGUGUCAACUUCAAGCGCAGAGCCUACAACUACACUCGACGCGACAACAGAUUUGUCAACAACCUUAGAUGAGACCACGACCACUUUUGAGAGCGAGACGUCUGCUACCCUCGUCUCGACUACCACCGCCGAGGCUUCAACCACUACAUCAGCAGCCCCCGAAAUCCCAUCCAACCGCGUCAUCAACCCCGGCUUCGAGGAUGCCUCAGUCUCCCCCUGGGUAUCUAUGUCCGGGACUCUAUCCCGGAUAGCAUCCGAUGUCCACACUGGCAGUCAAUCCGGUUUCUACAGCGGCAACACCCCCAUGAGCGCAAUGCAGGGCGUAAAACAGUUCAUCGAGCCAACCUGGAUCACGCCCGGCAAGAGCUACAAGUUCUCCGCCUGGGUGAAGGUUACAAACACUGUUAACUGUGGUUCCCCCACGAUGGUUUGUGGUCAAGGCGUGGGUCAAGGCACGACUAGUUCGGUUGGGUCCAUCCAGCAGACUGGGGACUUUUAUUUGGCCAGUGUGACGUGCUCUUGGACGCAGGCUCAGUGGGAGGCCGGACCGAGUGUGCAGAUUAGGGGUUAUUGUACGGCACUUUCUUUCUUUGUGGACGAUGCGACUCUGGAGGAGGUUGAGACCUUGGGGUGA